ACUUUUCCAACUCUAUAAAAUGGCCAACGAAAUCACAUUUACCCAUUACCAAAAAAAAUCGACAUUUGUCUUUGCGGAGUAGAGAAAGAAAAUGGCAUCUCAUGUCGUUUCCAAAGGUGAAAAACCGCACGUAGUUUGCGUGCCUUAUCCGGCUCAAGGCCACAUCAAUCCCAUGCUGAAAGUGGCUAAACUCCUCCACGCCAGAGGUUUUCACGUCACUUUCGUCAACACUGUCUACAAUCACAACCGUCUCCUUCGCUCCCGUGGGCCCCAUGCUGUCGAGGGGCUCCCUUCUUUCCGGUUUGAGUCAAUCCCUGACGGUCUACCGGAGACAGACGUGGACGUCACGCAGGACAUAACUGCCCUUUGUGAUUCCACCAUGAAGAACUGUCUUACUCCAUUCAAGGAGCUUCUCAAGCGGAUUAACGCCGAAAAUGAUGUUCCUCCGGUGAGCUGUAUUGUAUCUGACGGUUGUAUGAGUUUUACUCUUGAUGCUGCUGAGGAGCUUGGAGUCCCGGAAGUCCUGUUUUGGACCACUAGUGCUUCCUCCUUCAUGGCUUAUCUACACUUCUAUCUCUUCAUUGAAAAGGGUUUGGCUCCUAUAAAAGCUGAGGAUUACUUGACGAACGAGUACUUAGACACGGUGAUAGAUUUUAUACCGUCAAUGAAAAAUCUAAAAUUCAAGGACAUUCCUAGCUUCAUCCGUACCACCAAUCCUGAUGAUAUUAUGCUUAACUUUGCCCUACGCGAGACAGAGCGAUCCAAACGCGCUUCUGCUAUCAUUCUCAACACAUUUGAUGAUCUCGACCAUGAUAUCAUCCAGUCAAUGAAUUCAAUUUUACCUCCGGUUUAUCCAGUUGGACCGCUUCAUCUCUUAGCUAACCGGGAGACUGAAGAAGGCAGUGAACUUGGGAAGAUGGGAUCGAACUUAUGGAAAGAGGAGAUGGAAUGUUUGGAUUGGCUCGAUACUAAGGCUCCAAACAGCGUUAUUUAUGUUAACUUUGGGAGUAUUACGGUUAUAACUGCGAAGCAGCUCGCUGAGUUCGCUUGGGGGUUGGCGAGAAGUGGUAAGGAGUUUUUAUGGGUGAUACGGCCGGAUUUAGUAGCUGGAGAGGAGGCCAUAGUUCCGCCGGAGUUUUUGACGGAGACGGCAGACCGGAGGAUGUUGGUGGGUUGGUGUCCUCAAGAGAAAGUUAUUAACCACCAGGCAAUAGGAGGUUUCUUGACGCAUUGCGGGUGGAACUCGAUGGUAGAGAGUCUAUGUGGCGGUGUACCAAUGAUAUGUUGGCCGUUCUUUGCCGACCAGCAAACGAAUUGUAAGUACUGUUGUGAUGAGUGGGGAGUGGGGAUGGAGAUUGGGGGAGAUGUGAGGAGGGAGGAGAUUGAGAAGGUGAUUAGAGAGUUGAUGGAUGGUGAAAAGGGGAAGAAAAUGAGAGAGAAGGCCGAUGAGUGGCGGCGUUUAGCAGAGGCAGCUACUGAGCAUGAGAGUGGUUCCUCGGUUGUGAAUUUUGAGAAGGUUGUUAAGGUUCUUUUGGACAGGGAUCAGAGGGUUAAAUAAAACCUAAGAUGAUCACAAAAUGUGUUAUUAGUAUAGUGACUACCAUAUAUGUAUUGUUUUUCUUAUCUUGUGUAUUUUAAUGCUUGUUUUGUUUUUCUUAUCUUGUGUAUUUGAUGUUUGCCUAUUGGAUUGAUACAUGUUGAACUUUAUUGUUUGUGAUAAUUUCUUGUUUUCUAC